AUGCUUGAAUCACCACCGUUGAUUACACCACCAUUGCUAGAUCCAGCAUUCAUUGGCACAUCCCCACCAACAGCAGCAGCAGGGGCAGCAGUAGCAGGGGCAGCAGCAGGCGCUGCAGGCACAGCAGCAGCAGCAGCAGGAGUAUCAUCAUCAGCAGCAGCAGCAGCAGCAGCAGCAGCAGCAGCAGCAGCAGCAGCAGCAGCAGCAGCAGCAGCAGCAGCAGCAGCAGCAGCAGCAGCAGCAGCAGCAGCAGCAGCAGCAGCAGCAGCAGCAGCAGCAGCAGCAGCAGCAGCAGCAGCAGCAGCAGCAGCAGCAGCAACAGCAGGAGCAGCAGCAGCAGGAGCAGCAGCAGGAGCAGCAGCAGCAGGAGCAGCAGCAGGAGCAGCAGCAGCAGGAGGAGGAGGAGGAGGAGCAGCAGCAGCAGCAGCAGCAGCAGCAGCAGCAGGAGGUGGAGGAGCUGCAGCCGCAGCAGCAGCAGCAGCAGGAGCAGGAGCAGGAGCAGCAGCAGGAGCAGCGGCAGCAGCAGGAGCAGCAGCAGGUGCUGCAGGCGAAGCAGAGGCGCAACCAACAGUAGACCCACCUUGGGCGGAUCCAAUCCAGACUACAGCAGACUUUCUCCUUGAAGACUUUUGA